GGAGAAGGCGAUGAGGGCAGCCUCUGCAGAAGGUGCCUCUCACCAGCCACAAGGGUGCAGCUGCCCCUAGAAAGCUCUUCCACGCAGUGGUACCCACAGAGCCUUCCAGAGCCCCAGGGGACUGAGAAGUGGCGCGGAGGACAGGGACUCCUGCCAGUGCCCAGAGCGGCUCUUGCACCUGCAGCCCCUGGGGCAUCGCUAGCCGCCUCCCUUUUCUCUGGAACCUUCGAGUCCUAAGAACCUCUGCAGGGGGCUUUGGAAAUGCUGGCUCCUGGGAUGCUGGGUGAGGCGGUCUGAGGAGGACCCCAGGAAUCCAGACCCCUGCAGAGCCCACGGGGCCGGGUGGGUGUUGGUUCCGUGUGCUGCGUGUUUCCAUUUGAGCCUGCAUACAGCUCAGGGUGGUGAGAGCCACGCCCCUCCCCCAGCCCUCUCCCUCCCUGCCCGCGCCCGGCUGGCCUGUCUCUCUCUUUCCUCCUCUGUGCAGUCCCCUGCUCUUCCAUGCACCGUCCUAGAGAUCCUUCAGCGCUUCCGUCCUCGUGGGAACCGCGACAUUGUGUGUGUUCAUUUGCAUAAACGGCAUAGUGCUAUAGCUUCUCUCUUUCCACUCAGCACCACGUUUUAAAGACCAAGACGUGUUGCUAAACCUACAUCUUGUUCACUGCUUCAAUCUGCAGGAUUCCACCAUCUGUAUCUGUCACAACUCGCUUAUCCAUUCCCUGGGGGCAGACACGAGGGGACCCCUCCCCCAAGUGCCACAAGCUACACAGGACACACGUUCUUGUGCCUUGUUCCUCUGUAAGUGAUGUAUUGCCGACAGCGUCUUCUGCAGCCCUGGGGUUCCUGGGACCUGCGGAAGACAGCUUGCAUUCAUCCCAGCUUUCCCAGCCCCCAGCCAUGCGCUCUGGACGUCAGACAAUGCUGGGUUCGGGUCUCAGUGGGUCAGAUCAGAGAAUGAGGCACUGUUGUGGCUGGUGGGGGUGGGGGUGUGGAUGAGACCCUCAUAGCUAAUAAUACGGAAGCAUCUGUUGAAAGUUCACCGUGUGCCAGGCAUGGGGCAAGCGUGUCACUGUGUCGCUUGCUUUCAUCCUCGCCUUCAUUGAAGGGGGCAAGAGCUAUUCUCAUCCCCAUUUUAUGGAUGAAGAAACUGAGUCACAAAGGUGAGACAGGUCUUGAGCCCAAUAGCACGGGGCCUUCUGCCUCCCCCAGACUGAGAAGCGCCAACCCCACCAGCGCUGCACGCCUCUCCUGCUGGAGUGAAUGGCCUCUGGUGGGGGCUCCAUGACCCGCGCUGGCCGUCUCACAGUGCUGGGGGCCGGAGGGUUGAAAUGGUCCCAUCGGGCUGAAGAGGCCGCCACCUUCCUGUCUCCGCAUUCAAAGCCAGGGACGAAGUCCUUCUCACUCUGACCACGUGGAGGGAUGCCUGCGGGGGUCGGGCACCGAGAUAACCCAGGAAGCCCCCCCUGAACCAUCCAGCUAGUGCUGUCCGCCCCGUUAUCAUCCAUCUCCAUCCAUCGCCUUGCCCCGUUCCAUCACAGCCCUCACUGCGGCCUCCCUCUUCAUGCUGCCUUUGGAGACUGCCCCGGGGAGCCUGCACUCCAUCAGGACAGGCCCGAGAGGGAUGUGAAGGCCCACAAUGACCCUGUUACCGGGAGACAACUCCGACUACGACUACAGCGCCCUGAGCUGUACCUCGGACGCCUCCCUCCACCCGGCCUUCUUCCCGCAGGGCCAACCCAUCAAGGGCGUGUUCUACCGCAGGGCCCAGUGCCUGCGGCCCCAGGCGGACCCCCGCCAGCCUAGCCCGCCGGGGGACCGCCGCCGGCAGAUCAUCAUCAACGUGGGGGGCAUCAAGUACUCGCUGCCCUGGACCACGCUGGACGAGUUCCCGCUCACGCGGCUGGGCCAGCUCAAGGCCUGCACCAACUUCGACGACAUCCUCAACGUGUGCGAUGACUACGACGUGACCUGCAACGAGUUCUUCUUCGACCGCAACCCGGGGGCCUUCGGCACCAUCCUCACCUUCCUGCGGGCCGGCAAGCUGCGGCUGCUGCGGGAGAUGUGCGCGCUGUCCUUCCAGGAGGAGCUGCUCUACUGGGGCAUCGCCGAGGACCAGCUGGACGGCUGCUGCAGGCGCCGCUACCUGCAGAAGAUCGAGGAGUUCGCCGAGAUGGUGGAGCGGGAGGAAGACGACGACCCACUGGACAGCGACGGCCGCGACAGCGAGGGCCCGGCCCCCGGCGCCGGCCGCCUGGGCCGCUGCAUGCGGAGACUGCGCGACAUGGUGGAGAGGCCGCACUCGGGGCUGCCGGGCAAGGUGUUCGCCUGCCUGUCGGUGCUCUUUGUCACCGUCACGGCCGUCAACCUCUCGGUCAGCACCUUGCCCAGCCUCAGGGAGGAGGAGGAGCAGGGCCAGUGCUCGCAGAUGUGCCGCAACGUGUUCAUCGUGGAGUCGGUGUGCGUGGGCUGGUUCUCGCUCGAGUUCUUCCUGCGCUUCAUCCAGGCGCCCAGCAAGUUCGCUUUCCUGCGCAGCCCGCUGACGCUCAUCGACCUGGUGGCCAUCCUGCCCUACUACGUCACCCUGCUGGUGGACGGCGCCGCCGCCGCCGGCCGCCGCAAGCCCGGCGCGGGCAACAGCUACCUGGACAAGGUGGGGCUGGCGCUGCGCGUGCUGCGCGCGCUGCGUAUCCUCUACGUGAUGCGCCUGGCGCGCCACUCGCUGGGGCUGCAGACGCUGGGGCUCACGGCGCGCCGCUGCACGCGCGAGUUCGGCCUCCUGCUGCUCUUCCUGUGCGUGGCCAUCGCGCUCUUCGCCCCGCUCCUCUACGUCGUCGAGAACGAGAUGGCCGACAGCCCCGAGUUCACCAGCAUCCCCGCCUGCUACUGGUGGGCCGUCAUCACCAUGACGACCGUGGGCUACGGGGACAUGGUCCCCAGGAGCACGCCGGGCCAGGUGGUGGCGCUGAGCAGCAUCCUGAGCGGCAUCCUGCUCAUGGCCUUCCCGGUCACCUCCAUCUUCCACACCUUCUCGCGCUCCUACCUGGAACUCAAGCAGGAGCAGGAGCGCGUCCUGUUCCGCAGGGCGCAGUUCCUCAUCAAGACCAAGUCGCAGCUCAGCGGCGUGUCCCAGGACAGCGACAUCCUGUUCGGAAGCGCCUCCUCCGACGCCAGAGCCCCGCGCUGAGCCCCGGAGAAGCCGCUUCGGAGGGCACCAGGCCCGGGGGGGGGGGGGGGGGGUGGCGCGCCCGGCCCGCCCCGGCUGCUUUCCCCGCGCGCCCCGCCCCUGCCUGCUGCCCUCACUAAGGACGCGGCUUCUCCUUCCCACCCUGCGACCCCUGCGCCUGGCGAAGGCUGGCUUCGUGGGGCUGCCCGCAGAGAAAAAUACAGCAAGAGCAGCGACCUCGCGGCUGCCUGUCCGUG